AUGUCUCUCAGCCCUGGCUUAAACGUAUCGCUGGCCGGCGCGAUCGCCGCUUUCGGCGUAGACCUCCUCGUCCACCCGGUCGACACACUCAUCACCCGCACCCAGUCGCCCGCCUACAAGACGCACUACAAGACCGCCAAUGGAUCCUUCAACCGCGCCCUCUUCCAGGGGCUCUACCAGGGCUUCGGCCCGACGCUCGUCACCGGCAUGCCGGCCGCCGCCACCUUCUUCACCAUCUACGAGGGCCUCAAGAAGGCCGCCCACGACGCCCGGGCCGCGGGGCACCUCCAGGGCGUGCCCCUCCCCGUGCUCCACGGCGCCAGCAGCGCCGCCGCCGACCUCGUCGCCUGCGCCAUCAUCAACCCGGCCGAGGUCAUCAAGCAGAACGCGCAGGUGUACCAGCAGAGCGAGGGGCCGUCGGGCCACCGCCGGUCGCCUACGGUGACGAUGCUGAGGAAGUUUGCGAAGCAGCCCACGCGGUUGUGGGCCGGCUACACGACGCUGGCGGCUAGCAGCAUCCCCGGGACGUGCCUCAUGUUUCUUCUCUACGAGGAGCUGGCGGCCAGGCUACUCGGGAAGCUGGAUCGCAAGGACGGCCAAGGGGAGAGUAGAAGCCUCUUGCAGCAGGUCCAGAUCCACACGCUGAGCGCGGGUGUCGCCGGCGCCUGCUCUUCCCUCCUCUUCGUCCCGGUCGACGUCGUGAAGACGAGGAUGAGGCUCGCGGCGGGGAGCCAGAGGCCGGCCCCGCGCAAGUUCUUCACCGCAGCCGGGAUCCACGGCAGCGUCGCGAAGAACCUCGAGCAUGUCCAGCACCCGGGCGCCCAGGGCCCCCUGCGUGUGGCACAAGGUGUCUUCCGCGCCGAGGGGCUUCGUGGCUUGUUCCGAGGCGGUACUCUGACCUGCGUGGCCGCCGGUGUCGGGGGCGGGCUGGGUCUUGGGUGCUACGAGGGCUUCAAACAGUAUUUCCAGCAAUCCCCAAAGACACAGGACGAGGUGUUCCUCUAG